AUGACAAAUAACUCUAAUAUUCCUCUCGUCUUUAAAUGGAUCAAUCUUGCUUAUUUGAUGAAGGAUGGGUUUAUAACAUACACCGCAGGUGCUAUUUUAAGCACAUUUGUAAUUACUUGGGUAAUAUCAAAAUUAGGAUUCAAUAAAUCUGAUACUGUAGCCGGAUCCAAUGCAGCACGGAUGAUGUCAUUACAUAAUGAAUAUGUCCCCGCCGGUAGUCUUGGGUCAAAUUUCCAAUCUGUUGAUACCACCGGUUUAAGUUCAGGAAGAAUUAUUGUCGCAGGUUUAGGAGUUGCUAUUGCAAUAAAAAAAGGGUUACAAGAAUUAGAAACCUUUCUUACCAUUAAAUACGAAAAUGAUGAGUAUCCAAUAGUGAUUUUUGAUAUCAAUGUUAAGAGCAACGAGGAUAAAAAGCUACUAUCAAUUCUUAAUGGAUUUGUCUUUGCACAGAAACUUACCGAAAAAAGAGUUAGACACUUCGAAUUUAUUAUUGAUGAAGGAUCAGAUAUUUUGCUGAACUUUUUGAUUGAUAAAUAUGGUAAGAAUGCUUUAACUUUGACGCAAAAUGGUUUCCUUCUGAUUCUUAGAGAUUUUAGUAGCAAAAUCUGA